UGUGUGUGUGUGUGUGUGCUGACGUAGGCCUGACACAGGAAGGUUGGGUACUUUCCAUCAUGACCCGGCUCUGACUAGGAAGUCAGGGGACUCUCCACCUGACUAUAUAACAAAAAUCCACAAAGAAUAAGACUAUGAUCCUGAUGCUAUGCGCACGACAUAUAUGUGAUUUAAGAGAUAAUUAUUGUUUGAUUAUUAAGGAUAAAAAUGAUGUGAAAUAGGUAUUGUGUGUAUACUGAUAUAAAGAAUGACUACUGUUUGAUUGUUGAAAGUAGGACAUGUGGUAAGAAUCAGAUGACGAGUACUAAGCUGGAGGUGACAUGUAUAUAAAGAAAUGGUUGAGUUGAGAGGGCCAGGGCAGGAUGCAUUUGGGAAAGUGUGUUGACGCAAUGAGGCCAAUGUUGAAACAAUGCGGCCAUGUGGUAAAAAUCAGAUGACGAGUACUAAGCUGGAGGUGACAUGUAUUAGGAAAAAUAGAGAGAUGGAUGAGUUGAGAUGUGGAAAUAUACAGGCGGUAUGUGUUGUCUGGGACACCCCCAGCAUGUGUUGUUAGGGACACGCGCUCAGGGAUACAUAAUGACGCAUACAGAGCACAGAGCACACACACAUUUUGAAAGGAUAAGAAGGGACACCUCAGGAUGUAUCAGGGUUAGUUCUCCUGCCAGCUCCCGGAGUUCAAGACUUGCUGUUCGAUCGACCACAUCAGAGCAACUAGUCUUUGGACUCAGAAAUUCAACUCAAGAGACAGAGCAACGAAUGAAGCCAACAUCGCAGAACGAGGAUCUCCUAUCACUUACGGCCGACACGGGAGUGUUUGGCAAUAGGAGAAUUAACCAGCCCCACUCGGCCUUAGGAUUACAAUUUGGAUUUUAAGGAGUACUCUUUCGUUCACCCUGCCAAUAGUGACAGUUUUGGAUAAGAGAUUUUGCGGACUUUUGAAUUGAGUCGGGAGUUUCACCAAAAUCCAGCAGUAUGGCAGGCUAGGAAGGACUGUACUGACGAGCACAUCCCUUCCCUCUCUCUCCCUGCAACACUGGACAUUUCACCUUCCAGCUACAAGCCUUUACAUCAGGGGUUUGGAAUUAAAUACAUUUUUACUUACGAAUAAUUGGCUCAUCUGUGGGACGAGACCCUUCUAACUUCAGGACGUCCGUCUGGAAUUAGUUCCCCCUGAAGAACAAGAAUGAGUUCUCCACAAAAGAAACCCAGAGACCCAAAGGAUAAUGUAAAGAACGUUCCACCAGAGGAGAAGCCGUUCAGCUGUGACCAGUGUGAGAAGAGCUUCAAACGCAGCAGUCACCUCAAAGCCCAUCAGCUGACUCACAGCGGCGAGAAGCCCUUCAGCUGUGACCAGUGCGGCAAAGCGUUCGCUCGGGCGUGUUCCCUAAAACUUCACUACGGUAUUCACACCGGAGAGAAACGCUUCACCUGCGGCGAGUGCGGAGCCACUUUCCUUCACAAGGGUCACUUCCAAAACCACCAGAACAUUCAUACGGGAGAGAGAGCGCAUGGCUGUGACCAGUGUGGCAAAGCGUUCACGUCCAGAGGCGAGCUAACCAACCAUAAGCGCAUUCACGCCGGGUCGAAGCCGCACAGCUGCGGCGAGUGUGGGCAAGCGUUCGGGCGGCGAGGAACGCUGAUUCGUCACCUUCGUAUUCACUCCGGAGAGAAGCCAUAUUGGUGUGAGAUCUGUAAGAAGAUGUUUUCCCGGGAAUACGCCUUGGAAGUUCAUCGGCGCGGUCACGCCGGAGAGAAACCGUACGUGUGUGAGGAGUGUGGGAAGGCUUUCACUUCAUCAGGAAGCCUAUUGGUCCACCGACGCGUUCACACAGGAGAGAAACCGUACGUGUGUGAGGAGUGUGGGAAGGCUUUCACUUCAUCAGGAAGCCUAUUGGUCCACCGACGCGUUCACACGGGAGAGAAACCGUACGUGUGUGAGGAGUGCGGGAAGGCUUUCAGUUCAUCGGGAAGCCUUAAUGGCCACCAACGCAUUCACGCUGCUACGUUUUGACCCGCCAGUGUCGGGCAUAUACAGAUAUUCUUUUAAUCCAUUUCUGGGUAUAUUGCCAUAUGCAUGAAAGAAAAUGUGAAAACAAAUUUCCCCCAUUGGAUCUAAUGUUGAGCAAAUUUUAAAAUUUUAAAUUGAAACAAAAUCGGAAAAGUUGAAAAAAAUUUAAGUACAUUUUGAACACAUUUAAACAAAAUGUCAGAAGCAGAAAAACAGUCAGCUAAAUUCUGAUGUUGUAAAAAAAAAUUCAAAACGUAAAAGAAGCAUCGAAAGAAAAUACUGUGUUCCAGUAAAAGUCCUGCAGUGAAAAUGUUCCUUCAGUUAAAGUGUGUCAUCAGGAACAUGUAGUUCAAGUAAAGUGUUUUCUGGCUCUCAGCUCAUCCCAUGUUCAGACCAAAGUUGUUUACUAUCUUUAUCUCCAUCGGAUGUUUAACUUUUCCUAUAAAUCUAUUUGAUUGUUUUUAAAUAUUGUAGAUAAAAUUGUGAUUGCAAAAAAAAACGUAGAAAAAAGUGGCAAAAACGUCAGAAAAGGCGACCAAAACAUUGAAACAAACAUCAAAAUAAGUGUCACAAAAACAUUGUCAAAAGUGCCAAAGCCUUCAAAAAAAGUCAGAAAAAAAGUUACAAAAAACAUUUUUUUUAAAACGUGGCAAAAACAAGGUGAGCCAAAAUCUACUGUGAAUCUAGUCUAUGUCCACGAUGGUCCACUUCCGGGAUUGUUAAGGUGCCACCGGAAAUUCAGCCCCUUCCUCUGUCUCUAUGUUGGCGUUCUAACCUCCGGUGGAUUUGUGAGGACUAUUGUUAACUGCUCCUCAGAUCUGUGCAGGGUAAAUCCAGACAGCUAGCUAGACUAUCUGAAUGUACCGGGGAGAGCAGCAGCUACACGGGGUUUAGAGAGUAGUAUGUACGUCCAUAUUUUACGAGAUAGCCUGGAGAGGAUUCAUUUUCUGGACAUGUGGGUUUUUAAAAAGAAUAGUUCACUGUCUACUACAUUAUAUCGAAAAGAGACUGAUAAAAACACUCUUCUUUUGGCGAGUAGUUUUCACCCCACCCCACUAAAAAGAGGUCUACCAAAAAGCCAGUUCUUUAGACUCAAAACAAUAUGUGAGACCACUGAGGAUUAUAUGGAUAAAGCAAAUGAGAUAUAAGACAGAUUUGUACAGCGAGGCUAUCCAAUGGAACGGGUUGACAAAUCUUACAAAACAGCCCUGAAUAAACCUCGGUCGGACUUGCUAAAGAAAAGCAAGAAAAAAGAAAAGUGAUUUUCUGUCACUUGUAUCACUACUUACUCUCCUCUCUCACAUACCAUACGUCCUGUUUUAAAAAAAUAUUGGCACAUUCUAAAAUUAGAUCCUGAACUUUCACAUGUUGUGAAUGACUUGCCGCUCUUUGUAUACAAACGGGAGAAGAAUCUCAGAGAUCUUCUAGUUCACGCUGAUUUUGCGAGAUACAAGCCAAGGAGAGCUUCGCAAAGAUGAUUAAGCCCAUUACCGAAUGGUAACUACCGUUGUGGAGGAUGUUUCAGGAGAAGUGUCCUGCCAAAGUGGGGUAAAGUUCAUUUGGAUCAUCAUGCAUAUAGAUAGUUCAGAUAUAACUUAAAUACAAGUUAUAGAAUGUGCAGAAUAAAGUAGGGUGUUAAUACACCUCAAGAGUGUGAUCACUUGUGUCUCAACAUUUUAAUGUGUCCAUGUGGUCUGGUGUAUGUAGGCAAGACCAUAAGGCAGUUAAAACAACGCAUUAGCGAACAUAAGAGCUCUAUUCGCAGAUUACCCGGUCGCGGUACACUUUAAUGAUCAUAAGCAUGACAUCUCAUCAUUGCACUUUUGUGAUAUUGAACAAAUCAGUCUUCCAAAAAGGGGAGGGAGGGGGGGCAACUAAGACUUGCUACUAAAAAGACACAAGGCAUAUUGGAUAAUCACUUUGCCGAUGCUAUCGCCAAAAGGCCUUAAUGAUGAAUUUAAUGUAAAUAUUAUGUUGUGCUAAUUUGAUGUUUUUUCCUUGUUUUUUCCUUACUAGUUUAUCCUCAGUAACUGGUCAUUGUACAUGUGAAUAUGGACUGCUACAAUGUAAUUUAACCAAUGUAAUGAUCCACUUUAGAAUGGACUGUGUCCUCUUUGAUCAGGUGUGGAAAAAAUAUUGGGCUAAUGACAAUGCACUGAUUAUCCAUUGUUUUUAAAUGUAUUGAGUGGCAUUUUUUCUGCCUUUUCCUGUUCACAGUCCUUGAUGGGAGCGCCACUUUGUGAAUGAAUGACGUCAGUCAAGAGCUGGACCUGAUUGGUCCUGGUUAGUCAACCAAACUACAGUGCCUUGCGAAAGUAUUCGGCCCCCUUGAACUUUUGACCUUUUGCCACAUUUCAGGCC